AUGGUUUUAGAGGAUCCCGGACAGCCUGGUGGAAAGAAUGGGAUCCCGGCUGUGGCACUGGCAGUUACACAGUCCAAGACCGCCAGACCCACGGUGGUCCGCAAGAAGUUCGCCAAACCUCCCGUCAAAGUAGCUUGUUUAGCAUGCUCAUCUUCCGCCGUUGGUCAUUGGGAGGGAACUAAUCCGGAUUCACUUUUAUCAGUCGUGCUUCAAGAACACGUUGUGAUGGUCAAGACCCGUGUACCAAUUAAGCGGGGUGGCCCAAGGAAGAAGAAGAACAAGCCAUCUACAGCUGCAGAACCUCCACAAGAUGGUGUCGAGGAUCCUACGAUUUUCCCGGCGUCCUCGGGAUUUGACGAAUCAUCCGGGAUGUUUGGCCAAAUUGACGUCCUAUCAAUUCCGGGGGCAGGGUUGAGAAGCCUAGACUUCCCCUCGGAUGUCCACGCCAUGUUUGCGGAUCUUUUUGUUCCAGGCACAGAGAAUACGCACGGCCUGGAGCCGACGCCUUCCCCAUCAAAUAUACCGUCUCGGGCCUUGGUUAGGACUUACGGCAGUGAAGAUGCGAUUCUUGACGCAUACUAUGUCUUCAUCCAUAAUUAUUUCCCUAUACUUCCACCAAGGGUUGACCCUCCGGCUCCUGACCGACCCCUGGACUGUGCGGGUUCAUUCACAGAUUCACCGUCAGAACAACCACUUCUUAUCUAUAAGCCAAGGUCGCCUUUGAGUUUGGCGAUCUCAGCGAUCUUGGCCCUCGUACCACACCCAAACGACCCAGAACCAUCGGGGCCUGCGUCCGUCAUCCGUCGUCGCACAUUUGCACACACAUUUGCCCAGCUGGCAAAUGCAGCUAUCGAAACCGAUUGCGAGCUUCACGCUUCGUCUACCUACCCUUCAGAUGCAUUGACGAACGAACGGCCUCUUAUUGAUCGAGAGCCUUUUCAUCCCCAGACUCCAGUGGAACUCGAAAGUCUGCUCGCGCUUCUUGUACUUUCAAUUUACGAAUACAAUCAACGAGGCAACCUUCUGAAGAUGCGUUACCGUGCCGGUCAGGCUCUGGCCAUAGCGUUGGAUAUUUCUCUGCAUUCUCUUGGGGAAGAAUUCGAUGAGUUUGCGGAAGCUCGCAGGAGAGCUUGGUGGAUGACUGGCUCUAUUGUCAGCACUACGCCUCUAGCUAUUAUCGCGAACGAUCCCCAAUUUGUCACUCCUUAUCCACGGUUUUCGGCCGAUCCUGAUGGCUGGUCUGUAUUAAUACAAGCCCAGCAAGUUCUUGUCUCAGCAACACAAUAUAUCAUCGAUCUGAAUAAGUGUCUGUCCACGAGGACGAACAUGCAAUACAUUUAUGAACGGAUGCAGCAACUUGACGCAUGGGCGAGCUCUGUUCUGGCACAAUCAAAUCUGCUUCCGAUCUUGCCCCAGUCCAUGGCCUGUGGCGGGGAGAUAGAGUUGACAACAGCUCAAAGUAUCCGUGCAAUAUCACGGAUAAAGUUGUCUAGGUGGGUAUCUUUUGGUCCCUUGACGACGACGGACUUGUUAUUAAUGGUUAUUAGCGCUCAAAUCAAAGUGCAUCGGUUUAGGGCUUUCUCAGACCUGCCAAUCUUCCUUAAAAAACACUGCGAUCUGACCUCGAGAAAUCCGAACAACGAAAUGCCAAGCAAUACUUCCAAGAACUCCAAAUCGCAAAGUGGAAUUGCAAAUAUCGGAUGUUCAUGCAGCCUGGAGCCGUUCCAACAGGCACCCAGUGACUACUCAUCGUCGUCUUCCCAGGCGUCUGAUAUUCAGCAGUAUCCUUUCAUGCAAGGGUUUCCAUACAGCAUUCAACAUUCAGCGAAAACGUGUCUCAGAGCAUCCCUUCUAAUUUCACGCAUGUUCUACAGUCUACCCCUGCCGCAACCGCUUCUCGAUGAGUGUCAGACUCAGCAGGGACUACACAUGCUACCGAAUCAGUUACCACGAACCAUGCCGUCAUUUGCGUGCUGCCUAAUGCAGGGCAGCUAUGCUAUGUUGAUGAUCUAUCUUAAAGCGCGCCGGGAGAAACUGACUCCAAAGAGUGGAAACGACGAUACCCCCAACCCCUCGGACAGACUCAUCGAAGAAAUCCGCAAGGGGCUAGAACGUAUAAUUGCUACUGUUACAAAUUACGCGAUUGCAUUUGAGGCGUUGGAUGGGAUGAGGGUAUCCGCAACAUAUGGCGCGGGGGGCGCCAUUGGCUAUGAACCCCCGAUUUCCCAAUCUACUCUCAGUUCUAUCAUUUAA